AUAAGAUGAGUGAUUUGUAGGAAGAGGAGGACGGAGCAGAGUCUGUAGUAUCUGGCUGUCUGUCUAUGAAGAGUGACCGGUCCAAAGAUCCUCCUCCAGACUUCAGUAAUGAACCUGGACCCUCAGACACAAAUGAAUGUUGGUCAUCAGAAACAUAAGAUCAGGCUGAAGGGGACAUUUGAACGUGUGACUGAAGGAGGUGAAACAGGAAGUAGAAUCCUCCUCAACAGGAUCCACACUGCCCUCUACAUCAGAGAUGGAAAGAGUGAAGAGGUUAAUACCCAACAUGAGGUGAGGCAGCUCGAGACAGCUUCCAAGAAGAAGAUCCUCCAUGACUCUCCAAUCAAGUGCUGUGACAUCUUUAAAGCCUUACCUGACCAACAGAAACACAUCAGAGUGGUUCUGACGAGCGGCGUUGCUGGCGUUGGAAAAACCUUCUCAGUGCAGAAGUUCUGUCUGGACUGGGCCGAGGGUUUGGAAAACCAAGAUAUCAGUCUGGUGAUUCCUCUUUCCUUCAGGGAGCUGAACUUGAUCAAAGAUGAGCAGUACAGUCUUCUGGAGCUGCUCCGUGUUUUCCAUCCAACAUUACAGGAGGUCACAGCAGAGCAGCUCGCUGGCUCUAAAGUUCUCUUCAUCUUUGAUGGCCUGGAUGAAAGCAGACUUUCACUGGAUUUCAACAACAAUGAGGCUGUUUCUGAUGUCACACAGAAGUCAUCAGUCAACGUGCUGUUGACAAACCUCAUCAAGGGGAAGCUGCUUCCCUCGGCUCUCAUCUGGAUAACUUCCCGACCUGCAGCAGCCAAUCAGAUCCCUCCUGCGUGUGUUGACAGGGUAACAGAAGUACGAGGCUUCACUGACACCCAGAAGGAGGAGUACUUCAGGAAGAGAGUCAGUGAUGAAGAGCUGUCCAUCAGAAUCAUCUCCCACAUCAAAACAUCCAGGAGCCUCCACAUAAUGUGUCUGAUCCCAGUCUUCUGCUGGAUCACUGCUACAGUUCUGGACCACAUGUUGACUACAGACCAGAGAGGAAAGCUGCCCAAGACCCUGACUGACAUGUACUCACACUUCCUGCUGGUUCAGACAAAGAGGAAGAAGCUCAAGUAUGCUGAGGGACAUGAGACGAGUCCACAGGAGCUGAUGGAGGCUGACAGGGGAGUUCUUCUGAAGCUGGGGAGGCUGGCGUUUGAACAGCUGCAGAAAGGAAACAUCAUGUUCUACCAAGAAGACCUGGAGCGCUGUGGUCUGGAUGUCACAGAGGCCUCGGUGUACUCAGGAGUUUGUACAGAGAUCUUCAAAAGAGAGAGUGUGAUCUUCCAGAAAACAGUCUACUGCUUCGUUCAUCUGAGCGUUCAGGAGUUUCUGGCUGCAGUCUACCUGUUCCACUGUUACACCAACAGGAACACACAGGUACUGGAGGACUUCCUGGGAGAAGACUGGGACAAGAAGGAAGAAGAUGACCAUUACCCAUCCCUGGAUGUCUUCCUGAAGAGAGCCAUGAAGAAAUCCCUUGAAAGUGAAAAUGGCCACCUGGACCUUUUUGUCCGCUUCCUUCAUGGCCUCUCUCUGGAGUCCAACCAGAGACUCUUAGGAGGCCUGCUGGGUCAGACAGACAACAGUUCAGAAAUCAUCCAGAAAGCCAUCAACAACCUGAAGGAAAUGAACAGUAAUAAGAUCUCUCCUGACAGAAGCAUCAACAUCUUCCACUGUCUGACAGAGAUGAACGACCACUCAGUCCAUCAGGAGAUCCAAGCGUUCCUGAAGUCAGAGAACAGAUCAGAGAAGGAACUCUCUGAGAUCCACUGCUCAGCUCUGUCCUACAUGCUGCAGGUGUCAGAGGAGGUUCUGGAUGAGUUGGACCUGAAGAAGUACAACUCAUCACUGGAGGGACGACGGAGACUGAUUCCAGCUGUGAGGAACUGCAGAAAGGCUGUGCUUAAUAACUGUUUAUUCUCUGAGAAUGACUGUGAAGUCAUGGCCUCAGCUCUGAAGUCCAACCCCUCCCAUCUGAGAGAGCUGGACCUGAGUUACAAUGACCUGAAGGAUUCAGCAGUGGAUUGUCUGUGUGCUGGACUGCAGAGUCCAAACUGUAGACUGGAUACUCUGAGAUUGGUGCUCUGCAGUUUGUCAAAGAUCAGCUGUGCUUCUCUGGUCUCAGCUCUGAAGUCCAACCCCUCCAAUCUGAGACAGCUGGACCUGAGUUACAACAAGCUGCAGGAUUCAGGAGUAAAGCUGCUGUGUGGUUUUCUGGAGAGUCCACACUGUAGACUGGAGACCCUGAGAUUGGUGCAUUGCAGUUUGUCAAAGAUCAGCUGUGCUUCUCUGGUCUCAGCUCUGAAUGUCAACCCCUCCGAUCUGAGAGAGCUGAACCUGAGUUACAACAAGCUGCAGGAUUCAGGAGUGAAGCUGCUUUGUGGUUUUCUGGAGAGUCCACACUGUAGACUGGAGACUCUGAGAUUGGAGCACUGCAGUUUGCUAGAGAUCAGCUGUGCUUCUCUGGUCUCAGCUCUGAAGUCCAACCCCUCCCAUCUGAAACAGCUGGACCUGAUUAACAACAAGCUACAGGAUUCAGACGUGAAUCUGCUGUGUGAUCUUGUGGAGAGUCCAAACUUUAGACUGGAGACUCUGGCGAUGGAUGACAGAGUAUACAGGGCUGCACCUGACAGACAUGAAGGAGAUCCGUCUACGUCAAAGACAAACCUUGAUGUGUCUGAGGACAGAAGAGAGGAUCAGCUGUCUCCUGAUGAUCCAGAGAGGUUGAAGCAGCAGCAGCUUGUGUGUGGAGAGGCCCGUGAUACAAAUGAAAUGUUCCAUUUCACACCUGAGCUGCUGACUGAGUCUGGAAAGACUUCAUACAGGUUCAGGUGUCCUGGUCCAGGUGUGUUCCAGUGUGAUUUGACUGGACUGGUGUUUGUUAUGACUCAGGAGGCGGAGCUGCUGUACAAAACUGUCCAAUGGGAUGAGAGCCUCCUCCAAUCAGCUGGCAGGAUGGCUGCAGGGCCGCUGUUUGACAUCAAGUGUUCAGAGGAUGCUGCAGUCUGUCAGCUCCACCUUCCACACUGUGAAACAAAGGAUGCGCUGCUUGUUGAUGGCCUGUUGUCUGUCGUCCACAUCACUGAUUAUGGGAUGAGCAUCUUGGAGCCGCUGAAGAUUACAGACACUCAUGUGGUCGUGAAGGUCCCUCACCUCUCUGCCUUUGGCCUGAUCUGGGAUAUCGUUAGAAGAUUUCUGAACAUCUCACUGGUAAUAGAGGCCCAAGUUCUGCUGUUCCUCCGACCUCCGGACACGGGGCCUCGAGUCCUAGAUGUUUUACUGCUGCCCCGCAACGUCCUUCUAGAUGAGGUUGAAAAUAAACAAAGAGGUGCUAAACACAUUAGGAUCUCUUCCAAAUGUCAUCUCAACAUUGACCAAAGUUACAGUGUCCACUGUCAACCUGAGGGCUUUAUAAUACAGCCUGAGCAUGAGACAUUUAGCUCAGACUAUGGACCAAAUUACCAUCCAACAUUUGAAGUUUUCCUGGAGACGAUCCCAGAGAAGGUGACUUUGAUGGUCCAGGACCGAGAGAGGACAGAAAUCUGGAGACGUGACGUGUCUUUGAAAGGUCCAACUGGGCCAAAUCCACGGAGGAAUGACCCAGCAGAGGACAGCGUCUCAGCAGAGGACAGUGAUCCCCCAGAAGACAGGCUGUUGCUAGUUCGGACACAGUUUGUACAGCGAGUGUCUGAUCCUGUUCUGAACCAGCUUCUGGAUAAACUCCUUGAGCGUGGUGUUAUAACUGAUGGUGAAAUGCAGUCAGUCAGAACAGGCAGAGCAGACAAAGCACGAGACGUGAUGGACACGGUGAGAAGAAAAGGAAGUGCAGCCAGCUCAGUUCUGAUCUCUGCUCUCUGUGAGGUGGAUCCAGUCCUUUCCAGAGAGCUGAGAUUAAUCUGAAGAACCAAAC